AAAGAAAAAAAACCCUACGGUUUCUUCCAAAACCCCAAACCGAAAAAAACUGAGUUCUUUGGGUUGAGGUUGGGAGAUUCAAAUGGAGUGGGUUCGCGGGGAUGCUAUUGGAUAUGGAAGUUUCGGCACUGUCAAUUUGGUUGUACCAAGAAAAGGUUUCCCAAUUUCUCCAUUAAUGGCGGUCAAGUCAUGUGAUGCCAUCCACUCUGUUUCUCUCCAGAACGAGAAGGAAGUGCUUGAAAAACUCGGGUUUUGCCCGCAAAUCAUCCGUUGUUUCGGCGACGAUUAUACCGUCGAGAAUGGAAAGAAGUUCUAUAAUAUGUUCUUGGAGUACGCUAACAAAGGAAGCUUGGCCGAUCAGGUGAAGAAAAAUGGCGGGAACAUGAUGGAAUCCGAUGUUAGACGAUACGUUAAGUCGAUACUGAAAGGGCUGAGUUUCGUUCACGCCAGAGGGUUUGUUCACUGUGAUAUUAAGCUUCAAAAUAUUCUCUUGUUUGGUAAUGGUGAUGUGAAGAUAGCUGAUUUUGGUUUGGCGAAGAGAAACGGGGAAGAAAUACAGAGGAUGGAAAUCAGGGGAACCCCUUUGAAUAUCGCACCAGAGUCUGUUAAUGGGUGCGAUUAUGAUUCGCCGGUAGAUAUAUGGGCCCUUGGAUGCGCCAUUGUCGAGAUGUUUACCGGGAAACCGGCUUGGAAUUUCAAACCAGGGACGAACGUGGCGGCUUUGUUGAUUCGAAUUGGGACUAGCGAUGAAUUGCCGAGGAUUCCUGGAGAUUUAUCCGAUGAAGGAAAAGAUUUUCUUGGAAAGUGCUUCGUUAAGGACCCGAAGAAGAGAUGGACGGCCGAGAUGCUCCUCAAUCAUUCUUUCAUGGCUGACGAUGAAGAAGAAGAAGAAGAAGAAGAAUCAACGUCUCCAAAUUGUUAUUUCGAAGAAUUUUCAGAGUCACCGAGAUGUCAUUUCGAUUUCCCAGGAUGGGUUUCAAAACAAUCAACGGCUUCUCAACCAAUUUUCCAGGAAAAUUCAAGGAUCGGAUCUUCGUUUUCUAGCCACAUUCCAUCACCUUCGGAUCGGAUUCAUCGAUUGGCUUGUGACGAGGCACCGAAUUGGUCAGUUUCGGAAGGCUGGAUCACCGUGAGAUAAUUAAUUUUGACGGCUUUGAUGCAAUUGGUGAUGAUUUUUAUUGUUAAUGAUUAGAGAGAAAAAAACAGAGUUGACUGACAUUUAAUUUUUUGGUGAUUGAAGAGUUCUGAUUGGCUAUUCACUGGCCACAGAUUGUAUAUACCAUUCUUUAUUGAAACUUGGUAAUUUUGUUUUGCAUGAAA